GCUUAUUAUCAAAAGGAGAAAGAAUAAUAUAAUGAUAUCGGUUGGUGACAUUCGCGAUAUGCCAGGAAGCCAGAACAGCCUUGCGAUCAUUAGUCUCGCCCGCUUUGCUGUUGAGGAACACAACAAAAAAGAGAAUUCUCUUCUGGAAUUUGAAAGGGUGAUAAGUGCAAAACAUCAAAGUGUUGCUGGAUUCAUGUACUACAUCACUCUUGAGGCAAAAGAUGGGGUGAAUAAAAAGGUUUAUAAAGCCAAGGUUUGGGAUGUGUUUUGGAUGUACUUCAAGGAGUUGCUGGAGUUCAAACUUGUAGAUGAUGCAUCUGCUGAGUCAAGUGCUUAACUAGGCAUUUCAUUACACUGAACAAUUGCUCCUACCUGAUUUAUGAAGUGCUUGUGAAAUUAUGAUGAAUGCAAUUCUUCAAUAUUACUUAUUAGUUUUCUUUGUCA